AUGACUUCGAGGCCGUCCUUCAUGCCGCCGACCGAAGGGUCUUUCUUGUCUUCGGGCAGCUUCACUCCAUCUGGCCUCACACCUAGCACACGUACCCAGGCCGAAGAGGCCCUUACCGCAAACAGCACCGCCCAGACCGACUCGGCAGCUCCCGAUCCUCGUCUUCUCCCUUUGAUGGGCAGCGGUGGCGGCAACGAGACACCUACCCAAAACGGCCCAACCGAGGCCCUAAAGGCAUACACGGGAUACCGCCGACCUGGUGUUGUUCGCGCCAGCUCGACCAACUACGAGAAUGCGCUCAAGAGGGCCCAGGAGGCAUCCGUAUCGUCUGACUUCUCAACCGAUUCAGAGCUACCCGACAACAACAACGGUCAGACCGUCGCCUCGCCUGCGUCCAUGUCUACACCUUUCCCACUCCCAGGACAGGGUGUCGUACCUCUCAACUACAACUCGCCUGUUGGUCUUUCCCAAGGCGACUCGCAGAAGAAGUCGCGGUCUCGAGGCCUCAGCCUGAGCGGUCUCGCACAGCAGCAAGGCUGGACGGAGCAGGACUACAAGCGCAUCUACAGUGCUGAACUCAUGGCAGCGGAUCCCAAGAAUUCUGCUGGAUACGGUUCGGUGCCAAAGACUGAGACCGCCUAG